AUGCGUUGUGCUUUGAGGCAUAUCUAUGGGGACGGAGCUUUGCAGAUGAAGAUGGCACCAACAACGUUUCAAACUGCUUCUGGAAAGAAUAUGGAGAUUACGGCGUUGGAAAGUAAAUAUCACAUUGAAAUCAGACCAAGGUAGGUGAAUAUUUUUUUGGGUUUUCUUUUUUUAGGUUCUUCAACUAUGCGACUUGUUGAUAUAGAUGGUACUUUUUGUCAGAGUGCUUAAUGUGGAUUUAAAGUUUAGAUGUGGGGUAUAGCAUUGGAAAAUGCUCAACAUGGUGGAUGUUGUACUCAUUUUUUUGUUUUUAGUGAUGCGGGCAUUCACGAUAGGAUUGUUGUACAGAAGUUUAUCAAAGAAGCAGCAGAAAACCACUUGAAAUCGGGCAGAAGAAACUUUAAAGGUGCGUUUACUUUACAACCAUAUCCUAUAUUAAUUUAUAAGUUGGAAUUUUAUAUAACAUUUUUAAAAUAGUGUCUUUUAUGUUAAAAUACGUUUUAAGAUUAUCUAUUGUAUCAUAAUUAUAAGAUAAUGUAUGGUGUUUUACAAAUAUGUAAUAGAAAUUCCAGUGAUUGUUAUUCACGAAGCUCAUCGACUCUCAUUUGAUGCUCAAUCGGCAUUGCGUCGUACAAUGGAGAAACAUUCAAGCAGAUGUAAACUUUUCUUGUGUUGUACUGAUCUUCACAAAAUCAUGGACCCUCUGGUCUCUAGAUGUGUACCAAUACGUAUUGCAAACCCGGACACUGCCGAGGUAAGUAAAAAUCUCAUUACUAUUGCUAUGACAUUGUUAAGAUUACUGAAAUGUAUUGUUUUUGUCAAGGAGGGCUUUUAAACAUGUUUUUUUUAGUUGACAGCUGUUCUGAAAAACGUUGCACAAAAAGGAAAAUAUUACAAUAACCGACAAGUUUGUGAAUUCUAUAGUGGCUCUGUCAAAUCAUAACAUUAGAACAGCUUUGAUGAUGUUUGAUGCUACUGUUACUAAAGGGUAGGUUUGUAAUGGAUUUUGACUUACUGUUUACGUAAUUUUAAACAUGAAAUUUUUGAAAAUUUUUAACAAAUUUUACUUCAGUGGAAAAAAGAUGAGAUACGAUGAUUGUCGCGUUGUCAUAGCUGAUCACAAAGCUGCUGUUAGUAACAUUGUGAAUACGCUGAUGUCCAGGAAGACGGUUGACAGUGUUCAACUUGUACGGAACAAGUUUUAUGAUCUCAUUAAUGCGUUGGUACCUAUGGACGUGCUCUUUGAUGUGAGUUUCCUAAAAGCAUUUUCUUUUUGAUUUUAGGGGAUGAAGCUGUGAAUUACAAUAAAGAUGUUAUGAAGUCUAAAUUUCUGAUUUUACUUGAGUUUCAGAUGAAGAAUAUUUUUUGAAAGUUGUAUAAUUAAAAAUAUGUUUCAGGCUUUAGCACUGGAAAUGAGCAUGAAAGUGGCUACAGUCGACGAACAGCUACUUAUAUUCGAAAGCGCCGCUGAGUUCCAGCAUUUAUCGUUGCACGGUGACAAACCUGUUCUUUAUCUGGAGUCGUUUGUAUUGCAAGUUUUGACUAAUCUUGUUAAUCGGCUUUAA